AUGGAUGAAAACAAAGGAGAUAGCACCAAGAAACAACAUUUAUCUAACUCUCCAGUUGACCCUCAUGAACAAGAUUCACCAGAUAAUACUAUACCGCUACAGCAGCCGCAGCAGUCGGUGGUUUCUGGUGCUCCUUAUAUUUCUUCUUCUGCACUUUAUAAUAUACCGACUGCUGCUGCUACUUCUGUUUCUUUCGAACAGCAACAGUUUGAAGUUGUUAAUACAAAGCGGCCAAGAUAUACUGCAAGUCAAUGGAAAUUCAUUUCUUCGUCUUCCUCUUCUCAUCAUCAACAACAACAACAUCAUUCGCAGCAGCAGAAAGCCGGUACUAUACUGAGUGCGGAAUCAAGCCCAAUAUCACCUACCGCUCACACUACCACCGCUACCAAUAUUCCUCAAACUCAAGUACCGACCGCGUCUUCUUCAGACACGGCUUCUUCUCCUUCUCACUCUCCUCGGCCUUCUUCAGAGCCGAGCAAGAGCGAAGGAGGAGAACAAGUUCACCAACAAUUUAGGAAAGGAAAAUACGUGAGCCCGGUUUGGAAACCUAACGAGAUGUUGUGGCUAGCUAGGGCUUGGAAAAUUCAGUACCAAGGUGGUGGUGGUAGUGGUAGUGGUUCAUCAUCAGAGCUCGUUCAUCUAGAAGGUUCUCCAGGAGCAGCCGCGGGCGGCGGCACUGGAGGAAGUGGGAGAGGCAAGACGAGAGCUGAUAAAGAUAGAGAAGUGGCUGAGUUUCUCAACAGGCAUGGAGUUAACAGAGAUGCUAAAACUGCUGGGACUAAAUGGGACAACAUGUUGGGUGAAUUCAGAAAAGUUUAUGAAUGGGAGAGAGGUGCUGAAAGGGAACAAAUUGGAAAAAGUUAUUUUAGACUUUCCCCUUACGAAAGGAAGAUUCAUAGAUUGCCAGCUUCAUUUGAUGAAGAAGUAUUUGAAGAAUUAUCUCAAUUUAUGGGCUCAAGAAUGAGAACUCCUCAAACUAGAAUCGGAACUCAGUCCAAUAUUAUUGCUGACGAUAUUCGUACACCUCUCGUUGUUACCAAGUCUUUGCCUCCUCCUCCACCCUUCAGGGAUGAUGAGCUUCCUCACUCUGUGAGGGCAAAACAAUUGGUAUUGUCAAGUGGAACUGAAACAUUCAUUCAUGGAACAAGAGGUGGGUUCUUAGGGUUUGAAACAGUACCAUCUUCUUCAUUAGAUAUAAGCGGCGGCGGUCCAUCCUCUUCUACUACUUCAAAAGAGCUUCGGCGCAUCGGGAAGAUUAGGAUGAUAUGGGAGGAGUCGGUGAGUUUAUGGGCUGAAGAAGGUGAGCAUCACAGAGGUAGAGUAAAACUACAAGGUUCAAGUUUUUUAAAUGCAGAUGAAAUUGCAUUUUUGGAUGAUUCUAUGGUGGCUUGCACUAUGGAGGCCUUUGAAGAUGGACCCAUGAAAGGUUUUUCAGUUGAUAGAUUCCAAUCUGGAAUACAACUCAAAGUCUUUGGCAGAAGAAAAUCUUCUCCAGCUCUUGCUCCUUCUGGUCCCAGUGAAAGAUUGCAGCUUCCCUCUUCUGAAUUUCCCAUCAGAUCAACUACUCCUUGGGAAUUUCAAGAUCCAACUGAGUACUACGUUGGCUGUCUCAGAUCUCCUCCUCCUACUCUUCCAAGCUUGUUUGAGCUCUCGUGGCAUUUGCAACAGCCACCACCGGAGGAGCUCCGUUUCCCUCUCCGACGAGACGUGUUCAAAGACUUGCCUCAAGGGAGAGAACUAUUUUUUACAACCUCAACUGAGCUAUUAGACUGUAGAGGCAUCACUUACGAUGUCUUGACUUCUAUUAUGCGCUCAAACCCUAGUCUCACCGCUGCAACCGCUACCGAUCGGGAUUCUUACAUUGGCCUUUGGGAUGAUUGCAUUAAUAGGAUCAUAUCCAAGUUUUGUUCCAUCGAAAUGGUAUUCGUACGGAAAUCUUCAUCGUCUCUCGCGGAGACCGUACAAGAUCAAUGGCCUAAUGUUACUGCUUUUUUAAGGAAUUUUUGCUUGUGGAGAGGAGAGGAAACUGAUCAGUUAAGAGAAGGUCAAUUAGAUCCGUCCUCUUCUAUUGUAGAGAAAUUCCUUUGGAGUUACAUGGACCUUCCUUACGUGUUGGGUUACUAUGCCGUGGGAUUUAUUGUUACUUUCUGUGCGUUAAGUCGAUCACAGGACCGAAUCAUCCGAACGGAUCUUUACACAGUGGAUCUAUCAACACCAGUGGAAAGAUUAAAAGCUUUAGUCCCGUGCUGGAGAAUUGCUGGAUUAUUACCAUUAUUAGCGGAUAAAUGCUUCCAUUACGUGAGCAGUAACGGGAGUAAUUUUAAACAUCUUCCAUACACGGAUUUUGAGCGAACAGAUUUUGGGAAUGGAAAUUUCAUGGAAAUGACUCCGAAUACAGUGGUGAGAUAUUUUUCUAGUAAGAGAAAAUGGUUGGGGAUCAAAGAGAUAUACGAUUUUCUCGAUCAUAGAAUCCCACACGCGGAAUUUGUGGUUAGGGCAUCGGAGAAAGAUCUCGCAUUGGUAUUCAAGCCUAGAGGUUGCAAAUUGAAGCCAGUUAAUUGCGAUCAAUUAAUAGAAGCAUUGAAACAGGUCACAAAAGCAUUAGUCGCACUACAUGAUCUUUCAUUUAUGCACAGGGAUUUGGGAUGGGAUAAAGUGAUGAGGAGAAUCGACAGGGAGAACGAAUGGUUCAUUACGGGAUUCGACGAAGCGGUGACAGCACCGCAGCUGUAUCCUCACGGAGGAGCAGCGGCGACGGGGAGCGGGAGGCAUCCGCCGGAGAUGGGAAGGAAUUAUCAUGGAGUGAAAGUGGAUGUAUGGGGAAUAGGGCAAUUAGUGAAGAGCUGUGGAUUAGUAGGGGUGCCGAAAUUGCUGAGGGAAUUGCAGAAUAGGUGUUUGGACCAUAACCCGGAGCAAAGACCGACGGCAGCAGACUGCUAUCGCCAUUUGUUACAGUUACAGUCUUCGAUGUCUGCAGCCGCCGCCGGAGGGUAUUGACAACUGAUUCUUCUCAGUUCUUUCUGUGUAUGUGAGUGACUGAUGCCUAUUUAUUUUAUAUUCCAUGCAAUUACAUCUCUCUUCUUUUUUUAUUUCUCUUUUAUUUGUUUUUGGGAAUAUAAAAUUCUUAACAUUUUGU